AUGUCUGGUCUUGAAGAAAAAGAGGCUUCGGCCGCUGAGCACCAUCCCGAUGUUUCCCAAGAAGUUGAAAAGGUCGAAGCACCUGUCACCUGGAAGGCCUACGCGAUGUGUGCCUUCGCCUCCUUCGGUGGUAUCCUGUUCGGUUACGAUUCUGGUUAUAUCAACGGUAUCAACGGUAUCGCCAGAUUCGUCCAGACCAUCGAGGGUCCUAACGCCACCGCCCUGACGGACAGCCACGAGUCUCUGAUCGUUUCUAUCCUUUCCUGCGGGACCUUUUUCGGCUCACUAAUUGCCGGUGAUCUGGCCGACAACAUUGGCCGCAAAUGGACGGUCGUUAUGGGUUGCCUGAUCUACAUUAUCGGAGUGGUAAUCCAGAUGACCACGGGUGCCGGCAGCGACCAUCUUGGCGAGAUUGUAGCUGGCCGUCUGGUUGCCGGCUUUGGUGUCGGUUUCGUGUCUGCCGUUGUCAUCCUGUACAUGUCUGAAAUCUGCCCCCGCAAGGUCCGUGGUGCCCUCGUCGCUGGCUACCAAUUCUGCGUCACCAUCGGUCUGCUACUUGCCUCCUGCGUCGUCUAUGGCAUCCAGGAUCGCAAAGACAGUGGCUCUUACCGCAUCGCCAUCGGCCUCCAAUUUGCCUGGGCCCUUAUCCUCGGCGGUGGCCUGAUGCUCCUGCCCGACUCGCCCCGCUACUUUGUGAAGAAGGGUGACCUGAACCGUGCUGCCGACGCGCUCUCGCGUCUCCGUGGUCAGGCCCGCGAGUCUGACUACAUCCAGUUUGAGCUCAACGAGAUUGUUGCGAACGAAGAGUUCGAGCGCGGCCUGAUGCCUAUCACCACCUGGGCACAGAGCUGGCUCAACUGCUUCAGCGGCAGCCUGUGGCACUCGAAGUCCAACUUGCGCCGUACUAUUCUUGGCACGUCCCUGCAGAUGAUGCAACAAUGGACUGGUAUCAACUUCAUCUUCUACUACUCCACACCCUUCCUCAAAUCCACCGGCGCCAUCAAAAACACCUUCCUGAUGUCGCUCAUCUUCACCCUCGUUAAUGUCUGCUCGACCCCGCUGUCUUUCUGGACUGUCGAGCGCUUCGGCCGCCGCACCAUUCUCAUCUGGGGCGCAUUGGGCAUGCUGAUCUGCGAGUUUAUCGUCGCCAUCGUCGGUGUCACCGUGGGCUUCAAUCAUACUCACAUCGACCCGGCCGACAUCACUAAGACUAUAGCCGACAACAUUCCGGCCGUCAAUGCCCAAGUUGCCUUCAUCGCUAUCUACGUCUUCUGUUUCGCUUCCACCUGGGGCCCCGGUGCCUGGAUCGUCAUCGGCGAGAUCUUCCCUCUGCCAGUCCGGUCGCGCGGUGUCGCCCUGUCCACCGCCUCCAAUUGGCUGUGGAACACUAUCAUUGCCGUCAUCACGCCUUACAUGGUCGGUGAGAACAAGGGCAACCUAAAGUCCAGCGUCUUCUUCAUCUGGGGUGGCCUCUGCAGCUGCGCCUUUGUGUAUGCCUAUUUCCUCAUCCCAGAGACCAAGGGCCUCACUCUCGAACAGGUCGACCAAAUGCUCGACGAGACAUCCCCGCGUACUUCCAGCAAGUGGAAGCCCACCACAACCUUCCAGCAAGAGCAUGGCGUCACGAAGAAGGUCGAUGCCCUGCCAAUUGACGCCGCCAACAUUGCUUGA